ACAAUUCAAUAUAAAUUUAAAAGAUAUUUAUAAUGAUCUCAAUAUGAGAGUUUAUAUUUUUGUAGAAUAUAAAAAAACAACGAUGAACCAAUCCGAUUUCUCAACAUGUGAUGGAAUAAGAAUUUUUAAUAUUUCUUUGAAUUAUAUGGGAAAAAUAAAUACACUUGUGGUUCACGUGUUUCCAUCAGCCAAGAGCACCAUUCUUAGGAUGAAAUUUACAACCCAACCGACUAAUCCAAUUAGUUUGUACAUUGGGUUGGUUGGUUUACAAAGUUUAUUCCCAAACUAAUAUGGGAGAGGAUGGUUCAAUAGGUUGGGAUAAAAAUUUCAUCCAAAUUGACAAAUGAACACUCCUAAUUAUUAGAGGUCCUAAAAUGAAUUUAAUUAGUUAAAGUAAAUUUUUGAGUUUAGUGAUUCAUGAAGCAUUAUGAUCUUAUGAUAUGUUAUAUUGUAAAAUGUUUAUGAGAUUGUGUUAUGCGAUAAAAUGGUAAAAAAUUUUCUUAUUGCUAAUUAAGCUUAUUUAUGAUGUUGGAAAUUAAAUUUAGGCAAAUAACUUAUUAUUUUUGUGUUAAUUAGAAAAUCACACUAUUAAAUAAUAUAAUUAGACCAUAUUUUAAAAACUUUUGCCAUGGAAUUAAAUAUGUGAAGGUGGUUAUAAUAUCUAUGUGUUAACAUGAAUUGAUGACUAAUUACUAUAUGGGUUAAUAUAUGACUCUUUAGAUUUAUGCCUCAGUAUGAAGUGAAUUGUAAGUGUAUUUAAAAUUUUUAAUUAUCUUGGAAGAUUCUGAAAGGAGUUAUGGAUAAUUACUAAAAUAAAUAAAUAAAUAAGAAAGAUGAGUCUUAAAUUAUAUGGAGGCUCUAGAUGGAAAUGUCUUUUAGACAAUUUAUUUGUGUAUAAUUUUUAUGGCAAUUCUUGUUUUGAGCAGUGGGUACAAUUUACUUAUUUUAGACAAUUUACUUGUGUAGAAAUACCUAACCUUUUAUGAAUUUUAUGACACAUGUUCUCUGUUUUUAAUCCAUUAGUUAUAGUUAGCUUGCUUUCUUUCUUUAACCAAAAUCAUAGUUCAAAGCAUGUUUUUAAACAAGUUCAAAGCAUGUUUUUAAACAAGUUCAAAAGCUGCUACCUUAACUGUUAUUUCUACAUCAAUUUAUCAAUUUUCCUUGCUGUUGGCUUGGCUUAUUUAUCAGCUUAUCUACACAUGUAAGUUUCACUCAUAUAUCAUGUGUAAGUUUCACUCAUUUAUCAUACUUUUAUAAAAAUAAUUUUAAAUUAGUUUGUCUCAUUAAAUAUUAUGAGAUAGAGUAAUAUUAUUACCCAUGUAAUAUUUAUGUUUGACUUUUUAUGUGUUUGCAAAAAUUGGUUAAAACUUACAUGUGUCUGACCUUUUCUGUGUUUGCUUAGAUGGAUCUUACCUACUAGAUGAGGAUGAAAUUUUGGUUGAAACUUAGAGAUUCAGGAUCUUAUCUGCUAGGUGCAAAUAUUUGCGUCCUAAUGUUUGUGUCUGACUAAAUAUGCAGAUUCAAAAAUCUAGUAGGUAAUAUUUGUGUUUGAAAAUUUUUGACUAAGCAUACACAUUGUAAGAUAGUCUUACCUACUAGAUGGAGCUAAAAAUUAAUAAAAGUAAAAAAUUUCCAAUGGACCACAUGGAAACUAUAAUGAAUUAAGUAUUGAAGCAAUCUGCAUUUUGCAAAUUUUGUAAUCUGAAGCAAUCUGCAUUUGCAGAUUCUGCAAUAUGCCAUCUGCAUCGCACUACCACAUAACUGUAUUACAUGACCUGAUUAUUAUACACUAAAAUAUGUUUACAACUUCAAGAAUUACUUAAGAAAUCAUAUUUGCCCAUCAAGAAAAGAUCUAGAUCCUUUAUUCCAUUUUUUUAUUAAUAGAAGAUCUUUAAUUCAAUUAGGACUAUCUAGCAGAACUAAACAGUGAAUUGCUUGUUUAGUAGCAAAUAUGUACAUACAUUGCAUGUGAACUUAUUUAUUCUGAACAAAACUAAUGGCAUUAUUAAGCUAUAGUCUCUUCCUUUAAACUUGUUUAGUAUUCAUGGAAACUAUCGACGUAAUAAGAAUGUUGUAUAUUUGCUGGUUUGAUAUGUAGAAAUCAUGAGUUCCUUUCGAGCUGAUCGUAUGUGGAUGUAUAAUAGACUUGUGCCAAGUCAGAAAGGGGUCACUACUAAGUUUAUUAAUGGUGUGCGUGGAUUUAUAGAGUUUGCACUAACGCAACACAACUUUGUUUCUAAUGCGAGUAUAAGGUGCCCAUGUUCAAGAUGUGAAAAUAGUGGGUUUCUGAUAGAUAUUGUUCUGCACAUUUAUACAAGUUUGGGUUCAUGCCUAACUAUUAUCAUUGGGUUUCACAUGGGGAGCUUUUUAUACCAAUUUUGAGGCCAGAACCUAGUGUGCAUGAAAGCACUGAAAUAGUAGCUGAUAUUACACCAAUAAAUCCAUACCACACUAUAGUAUUUGAAGCUGUUGGUUCUUGUUUCAACUUUGACUGUGAUAGAUUUGAUAUGGAUGAUGAAGAAGAACCUCCGAAUCGAAAUGUUCAAUACUUUUUUGACAUGUUAAGAGCUGCAUAAGAGUCAUUUUUCUCUGGAUGUAUGACUCAUACUCCACUGUCAGUGGUGUGCAGGCUACUAAACAUUAAGUCAGAGUUUAACAUGAGCGAGAACUGUUACAACCGAAUUUUGCUUCUUCUGAAAGAGCUCUUACUUGAAGAUGCUAAGUUACCCAAUGAUUAUUAUAGGACCAAACAGAUGGUUGCAAAGCUUGGGUUUGGAUAUGAAAAGAUAGAUGCGUGCAAUACAAGUUAUAUCCUAUAUUACAAGGAUAACAAAGACAGAAGGGAUUAUCCAAAAUUUGGUCACCCACGUUAUAGGCCUAGUAGAAUUGGUGAUGGAAAGCAAAAGGACAUUCCAUAUAAAAUACUACAUUACUUUCCUUUAACACCAAGACUACAAAGGUUAUAUAUGUUAACAAAGACAGCUGAACAUAUGACAUUGCAGGAAAACUUAUCGAAAACCUAGGGUGAUGAGUCACCCAAGUGAUGGAGAUGCAUGGAAAAAGUUUGACCAAUGCCAUCCUGGCAUUGCAUCUGAGCCUCAAGAUGUUAGGCUUGGUCUUUCAGCUGAUGGGUUUUCUCCUUAUAGGCAAAUGGCCAAUCCUUAUUCUUGUUGGCCAGUAAUUAUCAUGCCAUACAAUCUUCCACCUGGAAUGUGCAUGAGCAGCCCUUACUUGUUCUUAAGUCUUAUCAUUCCUGGUCCAAAAAGCCUUGAGAAGAACAUAGACUUAUACUUGCAACCUCUCAUUUAUGAGUUGAAACAAUUAUGGGAUGUUGGUGUGGAGACUUACGACUCUCAUAGUAAACAGAAUUUCCAAAUGCGAGCAACACUUAUGUGGACUAUUAAUGACUACCCAGCUUAUGGAAUGUUAUCUGGAUGGAGCACGAACAGUGUAUUGUCAUGGCCUUAUUGUAUGGGAAAAAGCAAGGCAUUUUACUUGAAAGAUGGGAAAAAGACUUCAUUCUUUGAUUGUCAUCGUCAAUUUUUGCCCAUAGAUCAUUCAUUUUGAAGGGAUAGAAAAUCAUUUUCCAAAGGAAGGGUUGAGCGCUCUACUCCUCCUCCUAGGCUGUCUAGUGAAGAAGUUUGGAGGGAAGUAUAUGACCUGCCAAAUUUUUUUGAUGAUCUUGGAUUGGAUAAGUUGCCGGGAUUUGGUGUUUAACAUAAUUGGACAAAAAAAAACCAUUUUUUGGGAAUUGCCAUAUUAGCGCACAAAUCUUAUUCGACAUAAUUUUGAUGUGAUGCAUAUCGAGAAAAAUGUGUUUGAUAAUAUAUUCAACACAGUAAUGGAUGUCAAGGGUAAAACAAAGGACAAUUUCCUCCUGCUUUCUUUGAUUCUAUGGAACAUUUGUCGAUACACUUACCAUAUGAAGCAAAAGCUGGUGGUCCAAUUCAGUUUUGUUGGAUGUAUCCUUUUGAGCGGUUAGUUGCUAAAAUAUCCUAUUUGACGAAAUAAUUAAUUUACUUGUAUAAGAUUUUAACUAAAACUAUCUUAAUAUAGGAUACUAUACGAUCUUAAGAAGAAGGUAAAAAAUAAAGCCUGUGUGGAGGGAUCAAUAUGUGAAGCUUAUCUCAUUCAAGAAACAUCAACAUUCACUUCCUAUUAUUUUUAGCUUCAUGUUCAAACUAGGUUGAACAAAGUUAGUUGGAAUGAUAAUAGAGAUGAAGUUGAUGCACCUGAUGGUUACCUGGCCAUGUUUGUGCACCAAGGACGUCUAACUGGGAAGAUGAUAGAAAGAUAUUUGUGUGAUGAUGAGUGGGAUGUAGCACUCUUGUAUGUGUUGUUAAAUUGUGAAGAGGUUCAACCAUUUGUACAUAUCUUUGAAGAUGAAUAGAGAAGAAAUUCACCGAACAUUAGCCUUGAGCAGAUUGAUAAAGAGAUAAAUAGUAGAUUUGCCAAGUGGUUCGAAGCUUAUGUUCCACACGCUCACUGAUGGCUCGAAUAAAUCAACUAUAAACAGUGGUGUGCACAUCAAAAGAAAAAGUUAGAGUGAAUAUGAAAGUGACUACAAUGGUAAAGUGGAAGAACAUGAGAUUAAGGAAGAAAUUCCUAGAAAUGAAGGAGCAGAUGAAAUUGAUAGACAUGAAAAUGAAGAAGAAUUAGAUGAAUCUGACUUUGAUUCUUCUGGAAAUGAAGAAGAUGAACAAAGUGAUGAUUUUCAAGUUAAGUAAUUAUGCCAAGAGGUAAAGGUCGUAAACGUUUUGCCUCUAAGCAAGGAGGCAUAGAUGCAACAUGUAGAAGAGACUCCUCACAGUCACAAUCCACUUCUCGGGCAGUUGUUCCUCAACCAUUAGCCCCUUCCCUUCAAGAUGGUAGUUCUAAUCAACCAUUAGCCCAUUCAUAUCAAGAUGGUAGUUCUAAUCAACCAUUAGCCCCUUCAUCUCAUGAGAGUGGAGCUAAACAGCAUGCACCUACUUCUCAAGAUAGAGAAACGACUAAUCAAGUAUUGAGGGAAGAUGAAUUAUACUUGAAGACUCAUAGGACAAAAGAUGAUAAGUGGAUUUGUGUGAAGUCAGAAAGAGUGUGGAAUACAUUCACAAGAAAUAUUAAGCAAAAGGUGGGUGAGAAAUCAACCACAAGAAAUGAAGAUAGUUUCAAAGUACAGGAAAGAGAUGUGAGAUUAAACAGGGCAACAAAGGAAAAUGAGGCACAAGAAUGCAAUGAUGACAAUAAUAUCUUGACUUUGCUACAAACUAUCCCAAAGGAGCAAGUGUUGAAUACUUGGAUUGACACAAUUGGUGGAGCAAAGAAAGGAAGAGUGUAUGGCCUUGGCUCAAUGACUCAGUUCUAGGAGAAUUAACCCAUGUUAGUUCUGUCCACUCUAAUGCUCCAACUCCUCCAAUUGUCCCUCCCUAAUAAGUUAUUGAAACACCUGAGUUUGAGCAAGCAGUUAAUCAAGUGGUGGAUCAGCAGGUGGAUGAUCGGGUAGAUCAGCGAAUAGAGCUUAAGCAAGCACGUUUUCGUGAGGAAGUAGAAGCAGCAGUCCAUGCUAUCAAGAGCCGCAUGUUUGGUGACACACCCCUUACCCUUCUACAGUGUAGCCGAGUAAGGCAUGUCACACUUAGUGUCAGAGCACCCUAUCUUAUCUUACUUUAUCCUUUUAAAAGUUUGAACUCAUUAUAUUUUAAAAUAAAUUAAAUUCAUAGGAGAAACUGACGGAGUUUUCUCUAAUUUAUUACCA